GAGGCGGGGGGGUCCGCCGGGGUGGGUCCGCCGGGCCCGGCCGAGAGGACGCGCUCGCCCUGGCGCCGUCGUGCCCCCGCGCUUCCCGCAGCCAUCCCUUCCCUGCGGAGCCGCUCCUCCCGCCCGGAGGGGCUGAGGGGCGCCGGCCGGCCCCGGGCAGCAGGAGGAGGGGGGCGGCGGCUUCGUUUGGAAACGUGCCGGUGUUGGCACGGCUGGGGGCCUGCCUGCGGGCGGGGGGCGCUGGCUCCUCGGGGAGAGGCGGCUUUGGCUGCGGGCGAAACUCGAGGCUUUUCCGCGAAACGGCGCCCAGCCUUCCCCCGAUAGCGCUGCCUUGGCUUGUCUCCUCCGCGGGUGGCGGGGAAAGUGCGUUUUGUUGCUUUACAUCAAGUUCGGACGUAGCUUGUGCACGUAUUUCUGCGGGCGAAGGGCAGGUUUGGAGGCCGGAUUAGGUUUUGCAACCGUUAAUAGAACUUCAUAACUACAGUUACGAAGGCUGCCUGGGUAACUUGAAGCGUUUUAAGCCUGUAUAUUUAUGAUCUUGUUCAAGCACAAGCAGAUAAUAGAAAAUUUAGCUUAAUCUUCCAAGAUGUUAAUGCCAACAUAGGAAACGGCAUCAACGGUUUUUACAUAAGGAGUAUUAGGGGUGCUCAUAGCUGGUGAGACCUGGGUGUCUGUUAACUAAAUCAUUCAUAUCAUGUUUGAUGAUUUGUGUGUGUGUUUGUGAUCUAACCUUGUCAUCUCAGUUUUUGAAGACAUAGAUUUUGUUUUCAGAUCUAUGGUUCAUCAGUGUUUCGCAUACCUUUCACAAAAUGUCAAGUUUUGUAGAGCAUAGGGAAAUAAAUGUUCUCUUUAUUUUUCUGUUCAUAAGAGGUAAUUCAUUUGUUUGUGUCUUAGGACAGAGAGACAGCUCAGCCUUGGACAUUAAGUAAUGAGAAUGAUUUCAGUUUCUGAGAAAAUUCAGAGAUUCCUAUGAAGAACAAGAUCCCUUAAAAUGGUGAAGUUGUGCGCCCAAGGCUUUGUGUUCCUUUGAAGACCUUGACUUGGCAUUGUUGAAUAUCCUGAUGCGCCUCUUGCUGUCUUAUUGGAGCAUGGUGGAGCUUGCAUGACCACGUGUUGCCUGAGGUCUUCUCAGAAACUAUGUCAUGAGGUUAUCUUGCUGAGCAAAACUGUUACUUGAUGCCUGUUAAUAGAAGAGUAUCAAAUCAUUUUGUGACAGCACUUCACGGGGGACUGUAGGUGUUCCUCUCACCAGCACAUCAUGGUAGAUGUAACAGAGAAGAAGAUGGAUAAUCCCACGUUUAAAAGUGACACUGUACUUUCUGAUGUUCACUUAUACUGUCCAAACAAAAGACAUCUCAUGGUACGACUGAAUGCAGUUGGACAACCAGUAUUCCUGUCAUAUUUCAAACUCCUUUGGAACACAGAAGAUUUGGCAUCUGAGAAACACGUGAGAGAAGCUACAACAGAAAGAGAACACCAGUACAGAAGUGGCAAUGAACUGUGUGACAAGGACAGGAACAAUCUAAAAACAGAAAGAGAAUUAAAUAGUGAAGGAGUAGAAGCUCUGCUAGACGAUGAUGGAGACUUGGAAGUGGUCAGAAGACCUCGAAGUGCCUCUGAUUUAGAGGCAGAGGAUCUUUUGAGGGAUAGAGUGUAUCCUGUAGUUCUGAUGAAAGGGAAAGAAGAUGCUUUUGAAGAUGAACAACAAGAAUGUACUUGCAGUGAUGUUGUUAAAAUAGAACAUACUAUGGCAACCCCCUUAGAAGAUGUCGGUAAACAAGUCUGGCGUGCAGCCUUUCUUCUUGCUGAUUACAUUCUGUUUAAACGGGACACAUUCAGGUGUUGCUCGGUGCUAGAGCUUGGAGGUGGCACUGGAAUUACAAGCAUUAUCAUGGCAACAGUUGCCAAGAGAGUUUAUUGCACAGAUGUUGGUGAAGAUCUUCUGGCCAUGUGUGAGCAAAAUGUUGUGUUAAACAAACACCUGAUGGAGCCAGGAGGAGGGGAAGUUAAAGUAAAGGAACUGGACUGGCUGAAAGAUGAAUUCUGCACUGAUCCUGAAGCUCCUUAUAGCUGGUCUGAAGAAGAGAUUGCCGAUUUGCAUAACCACUGUACUGUGAUAAUGGCAGCUGAUGUGUUCUAUGAUGAUGACCUGACAGAUGCCUUGUUCAGAAUGCUGUAUAGAAUCACACACAACUUGAGAAAUUCUUGCACAGUUUACCUAGCAUUAGAAAAGCGGCUGAACUUCACUUUGAGACAUAUGGAUGUUACAUGUGAAGCCUACAGUCAUUUUAGAAAUACUCUAAGUGAUUUGGAGAACCUCCAAGAUAGAAAAAUUAAAUAUACUGUGGAGCCUGUUAAGCUUGAUUUCUGCCAGUUUCUCGUUUAUGAACGAAUUGAGCAGUUGGAAUUGUGGAAGAUCAUUGCUGAACAGCUAACAUGACAGGGACAUGAGAAAAUAGAAGAUCUUUAUCUAAGGAUAAAAGCUUUUUUGAUGUUUUAUUAAAAAAGGAUUUUCAUCCCAAGAAAAGCAUUUUCCUGCUGGAACUGUGUUCUCAGAAAGUAUUGCUAUGCAGAUUUGCUUUACUUCAGUAAGUUUGGGGUUUGGCACUUAGGUUUCUUUGAUGUUUCUUUUACAAAACUGUUUAAUAUUGAUCUUCAGAGUACGUGCUGGGUGCCAAACAGUGGCAGUGACACAGUGACUUGCUCUUUGGGAUUGACGACUUAGGUUUUAGAGUCUGACAAAGAGGUAUUUAACCUUUUCCAUGUGGCUGGUUGGCAGAUGUCAUGCAUUUUCCUUUACAAUUUUCUGAACACGGACACUGUUCUUGGUCUCAUCCCAGUUCCACAUUAUUUGUAUUUAUGGACAUUUGUGAAACAGUGUUCUGGGCAAGACCUGUUUGUCUUUCAUAGACUUUUCUUUAAGCAAUCUGUUUACAAAACUUAAUCCUUAAUUUUCAUUUUGUCCUAUCUAAAUCUUUCUAGUUUAGGGCUACUGUUGGAACUGAAAGGGAGACAAGAUGCAUUUUAUUUGAACCUCUAAAGGUACUCCACAGAGGUCUUGGAGCUAUAUUGUCCUGCUGGAAUUAUAAGCUAUUCUGUCCUUGCCAGGUUGAGGGUGGGAAGGUACCAUGUGAAGUGAUAUGCUACUGCUCUUUAAAUGUUUGGAAUUCUAUCCUCAACGUAUACGUGUGAGGCUGGGGAGGAGGGGGUGACAAAGAAUGUCUUGCCCAUACAAAUGGGGCCUUCAGUAUCUUAGCUUUUGGAUUAAAGUACAACAUAUUGAUCAAAUCUCUCCAGUGUUAUUAAUGAAACCAAAAAUCUGUUUGUACUUUCUAUAAAUUUUAUGUGUACUGUUAUGUUUAUGUCACGUGCCAUAUGUACGCUGUCACGGAAGUUCUUGUGCCUGCUGGAUUCUUUAGCAUUAUGAGAGUAUCGGUGAUGAAGCUGUUCCGGCCUGUGACUCGUGGGAGUCUGCAUACAUUACAUUAGAAGCAUCUGGUUGACUUCUUGAAAGUCUGUUUUACAUUUGGUUUAAUUCAGUUGGUUUAGGUCAGUUAUUUCAUAACCUGCUUAGGUAUAUGAAGACAUAUUUUCUUCAUGUUCUUUAAUGAGAUGAAGGGUUAUUAGGUGAUGAUGGUCUUUUCCUGUGAGUACAGUCAAAACAAAAAUUUACAUUAUGUUAGCAUAUAUCUGCCUAGAUUAAUACAGAACUUCUCUCUCAGAACCCUCAUUUGAACUUCAAAGAUAUAAAACUGUGUUUUAAUCCAAAGAUUUCCAAACUAGUGUUCUUUUGUUUGUUUGUUUGUUUGUUUUGUAAUGUUAUUAACUUUGGUAGAUUAACUGAAAACAACUGGUUUUGAAUGUAGCUGCUUAUUUAAGUAGUAAUUUUUUGCUACAGUCUUCAAAAAAUUAGUACUUAAAUAAGCAGCUACAUUCAAAACCAAUUGCUUUCAGUUAAUUUGAACUGAUGUGAGAUAGCAUGUGCAGUUAGAGAAGAUUUUUGUCUUGCACAGGACUUCUGAAAGUCUUUGGAAUUAUCAGCAGAAACUCAUCUGGGUAGAGGGAUACUGUAGCUCUUUUAAAUGUAGAAUUUGGACAUUUUACUGCAGCUGGCUUAAAUUAACACCUGAAAAAGAUUUUUAUACUUGUAUCUUUGGUUGAGUAAAUACAAACAUCAUGGCUGCUUGGGAAGCAAGCUGAAGUAGGAUUUCCUCCUAAGGAAACAAAGUUAAUCUUUCUAUUGAAGGGAAACAACAGCUUUGAGGGUUCAGUGACAGAGAUCUAAAGGCCAAAUUGCAAAUUUGGAUAUGACCCUUUUCACUGGUGAUAAGGAAUAGUCAAAACCAGGCAACAAUUCUAAGAACACAAGAAUCACAGGAGUCUCACAAUGCCUUAGCUUUGCAGUCUUAAUGAGAGAUAAUAUAGCCUGUCUUGCCAGAGAAUUGUCCGUUGCUACUUAAGGAUAUUAAGUACAGAUGCCAUCUCCUCAAUUUUUACUUUAAUUGUACUUUAAAUGUGUCAUACGUGGUAGUUGUUUUCAGAACUCAUCAUGCAAAUUUACACCUUUAGCAGUUUGUUGUUUAUUAAGAUGAUUAAGAGUGGGGAAUUUAGUCUUGAGCAUACAGGUUAUGACUGGAAAUCAAGUUAGUGCCUAAAAUGCUAAUACCUUGAGCACAUUAUCUGUAUGAAGGAUUUUUUUCCUAAUAAAGCAUGAUUUAAAAAAUA